AUGGAUGAAUAUUUAAGAAAACUCAAAUGGACAGUACCAAAUGAAAUGUUAGUAUUGAAAAACAUGUUCCAUGACAAAAUAAAACCAACUACAGAAAUAAAUGACGCAAGACUGAAGCGUUGGGUAAAAGCUUUCCCAUUCACAAAAGAUAUUAUUGGUAACAUGGAAAGAAAACCAGAAUGGCUACAAAAACAUAUAUUUGGAAACGAGCUUAUUCCAUAUGGACAAGCUCUGUUUGAAGAGCUUGAACCGGAAACUCAGGAAAGAGUCAUGCAAACAAUAAGCAAAGACUCAAAUACAAACUAUGACAAAAUCUUUCUAGGAUAUAGGUUACCUGAGAUGGACGACCAGAGCCCAAAGGCAAAAAGGACAUGGGAAAUUUACAACAUACUAGGUGAACAUGAGGCAAAGAUGCUACAACUUGAAGCAGAGGGCAAGUUACCAAAAGCGACACCAAAGAAGAAGAGAAGAGUAGAACAAAGUGAAAGUAGUGAAGAAGUAACUUCAUCUAGUGAAAGUAGUGGCAAUGAAGGAAAAAGAAGAGUUAAAGAUUCAGUUAAAAACUCAGCCAGGAAGAAAGUAAAGCUUGGUCCGAGUGGGUUCUAUUAUGACACAUAA